CUCAUAUCCCGCCGGUCGGCCUGGCCAGCCUAGCGCUCGCGCGCAGUAAGCUUGCUGCUACGGACCUGCCCGCGAUUGUGGUCGGGCGCCCGGCUCGUCGUACAGCCGCCCCUUGCUUAUAAGGAGCCCGGCCCUGGGCUUUUGUUGUCUACCACAACAAGCAAUCACACUCUGCCCAUUGCAGCUGAAUCUGUUUGCCCUCGAGACCGUCUUCAGCCAGUCAGCCAGUCAAGCGCUCCCUCAGCCUGUGCGGUAGUUUUCCUCGCGCGAAGAAGCGUCCGCCCUAGCGAAGAGCACCAUGAUGAAAAUUGCCGCAACCAAGAACGGCCAGCGGGGCCUACCAGGACGUGGCGGGUGAGGAAGCCUGCUGGGCAAGCGGGGUAGCUAGGGGCGCCCGUUCACAUAGCGUUGCGCGCAUUAGCCUCGCGCGGCCCCGGUUGGUGCUUGUGUGGCCUCUGUGCGUUGGUUUCGGGCGUCGCGGUAGCGACCCCGACGCCUUGGCACAGCGGACAUGCAACGGCAAAAUGCUACUCGAACUUCGAACAUCUUAGCGAGCUCGCAUUGUGAGCGCGCCCUGUCGUCUUACGUGCCGUGAAUAUCCGUGUUCGUUCAGGCUCCCGUGUGCGAACGGUGCACGUACUGGAAGAAACAUGAUGUGCACGGCGGCAGGCCAUGUGCCGCCGCAGCGUGUCCGUGGUGUCCUCGGGGUUGCUGCGCCGCGCCCCGCCACCGCCAUCGCAUCGCCGCCCAAGCCAGCGCCUGCUGCCCCGCAACGGAACUGCAUCAGCGACCCGGGCAAUGCACCUGCCCCUCCGGCCGCCUGCGCCCAGGCGGCGACUGUUGUCCAGCCGCACCAGGUGUUGCGUGUGCUCAUCUGUAACGAGCAGCUCAACCGCACCCUGUCUCCCUGGGCGAGCGGCGAGGCCACGGUCAGCGGUGCCAAGCGUGUAAACACCGCCGGCGGCUUCAACGGAGCUCCCGAGCGCACCGUGGACCGCGCGAUGGUGACCCUCACUGGCUCCGCUGCCUGUAAAGCCGCCGCUGCCGGUGUGGGCCAGUCCUGCGUGCUGGCGGACGGGCGGCCAGCAGUUCAAGUGCUGGCGGCUGUGAAGACCGUGACAGCAACUCUGACCCCCACGGAGGCGCACCUGUUGAAGACCUACCCGGCGGCCGCCAGCCUUGCGCUUCUGCCUAGCGUCAAGCUGCUGGGGCAGGAGCUGGAGGCGUAUACCAAGACCAUGAAGCGCGCCACGGACGUGCACGGCGCUCACCUGGCGCAACGCUGCUUCCUGCGGCUGUACGGCUGGGAGCUCGUGUGCACCGGCCCCGACACAUACGCGCUGCGCUCCUACUGGCAGUGGCAGCAGCACGGCUCCCUGAGGGAGUACCUCAUCCGCUGCUUGGAGCACCCCGACAUCCGGAUGGGGCGCACCAUGCUCAUCGCCGCGCUGCAGGAGGUGCUUCAGCUGAUGCACAAGCUGAGCCGGGCCGGCAUCGUGCUCGGCGACCUGAAACUGGACAAUAUGCUCGUUGACGCGCACGGCCACGUGACUCUGUCGGACGUGGACGGUGCCGGGCUGCUGGAGGAGGGGCUGCUGCGCACCGCCCAGCUGGUGGCGGCGCAGGCGGCCGCGCAGGCGGCGGCCAUGUGCUUGGACCCGGUGGCGGCGGAGGCGGCGGUGUGGCGGGCGGCGGACCUGAUGUUUACUCAGGAGCAGCCGACCAUGAUCACGGACGCCUUUGCGCCGUUCGAGAUGAGGGCGCUCCACUUGAUGUGCGGUGCGUCGCACCAGCACCUGGUGGGCGCAAGCCUGGGGGCGCUGCUGGCGGCGAUCCAGCCGCUGCUGCUGGCGGCGGGCCGCACGGCCUGCUUCUAUUUCGUGACGGAGCUCAACGGCCUGGCGAUGGGGCUACAAACCCUGGCGCACACCAACCGGCCCGACCUGCAGAGUGUGUGGUCGCAGCUGGAGGCCAUCGGGGCGCGGUGGGUGUGAUGCUUGGCGACAAGCUGGGCAGGCGGCUAGGAUAGCUAUAUAGGGAGCUGUUAGGAGGCUGGGGCAAGUGAGUCUGCCGGUUCGAUCGUGGAAAGAAGCUUGUGGGGAUGCAUGGGCGUAAGCAUGUGACCGCGUGUGCUGUGUGAGAACCUGCUGAGGUACAGAACCAAGGCUGCAUCAGGAUAGUCGGCGAAAGACACAUCUAGAUGCCCCAGGGCGCCGUCCGCCGGGUUAUAGACUUGUGUGUCGUAGAACUUUAGUGUUCCGCCCACAAAGGCUGUGUGGCAAUAGCAGGGCGCUUUGGUUUAGUAGAGCGUAAGUGGUUGUAAUUCAGCAACAUGCGUUGAUAGUAGCGCAGACACCGGACUGGUGAUGGGUGUGAGGGACGGAUUUGAGGGACGAAUUGUGGUACUGUCUUUGAUAACGUAUGUGUGCGGGUGCACAGCUUUAGAGUGAUGGGGCCUCUGCGGUCGGCGUACGCGGUAUUGUUCCCAUGACGCCCUCCCGUGUGAUGUCCCGCAUGUGUGGACGACUGCUGGACGUGUACGAAACUGGUGAGGCUUGAUCCGGCAUGGUCCUA